ACUGAAAUAAUUGAAUUGUUUUGAUUAAAUUUUGUUUUUAAGUACUAUCAUUUUUCAAGUUUGCAUUAUUUAAUAUUUACCAAAGCUUUUGUUCUGUGUAGCUCUCUGAUAAGUUUUAUGUAACUGAGAAUGCAAAUAAUGAGAAAAAUUAAUAAUGAUGUCGGAGAUGACAGUAGUUUCAGAGAUUUACGAUGAAUAUAAUUACAAAACAGAAUGUAAACCAUCUAAAAUUGGAAAUAUAAUAUCACAGUUUCCCUUCCUCCUACCUAGGGGAAAAAGUAAAGUAAAUGUUGAUGAAGAUGAUGAUUUGGACUUACAGAGGCCAAAUAAAGAAGUUAUUAAAAUUGAGCAUAGUUCAAAAACAAAGAUAGCAUUAGUUGGUUUGCAAGUGUGGCGAGGAGCUUUCCUACUUGGCGAUUUAUUAAUACAUUUGGGUGUUCGUGGAGACUUGAAGGGGAAAACUGUUUUAGAACUGGGUGCUGGUACAGGCCUCACAAGUUUUGUUGCAGCUAUAUAUGCAAAGAAAGUUGUGUGUACUGAUAUAGAUGUAGGAGGCAUAUUGGAGCUUAUUAAAAUCAAUGCAAAGUGUAAUGAAAAGCUGAUAAAAUCACAAUUCAAAGUGCUGCCAUUGGACUUUAUGAACACAGAUUGGAAUUCGAUUCUAUUGAGAGAAAUCCAACAGACUGAUAUUAUAAUUGCUGCAGAUGUAAUAUACGAUGAUGACGUGACAGCAGCGUUCGUGGCUACGAUACAAAAGAUGCUCAAUACAAAUCCACCAAAGACAUUGUACAUUGUGCUAGAGAAACGCUACGUAUUCACCAUAGAGCAUAUGGACUCCGUAGCACCGUGCUAUGAAACAUUCCUAACUUUACUGGAUAAGGUCAAAACGGAUCCGCGUUCCAAUUGGACGGUGGAACAGUUACCUCUCAACUUUCCUAAGUAUUUCAUGUACGAGCGUGUGAAGGAAUUGGUGUUGUGGAAAAUUUGCUCUAAAUGACGCUGUUAUAGAUGCUAUUGUGGAAUAAAUUUAUUCUCGUA